CACUAGCAAGACAAAGGCGCCUAGGCACAUAGCUAAAACAAAGCCGCGCGAGCUCAAAACGCUCCAGCGACAAGUAGAAUGAUCCUCACAAACUGCGCCGCCUGCGCUGCCCCGCUCCCACACCCGGCGAAGCAAUGCAGCCGCUGCAAGACCCUCUACUGCGGUCCAGCUUGCCAAAAGCAGCACUGGGACGGCGGGCACAAAGACCUCUGCAAAAAAAUAAAAAAAACAGGCGGCGCUGAGCCGUACAACGCAAAUAAGAAGUACUCGGAGGCGGUCACGGUCGCGGUCGAGAAGUGCGCGGACGAUACGAAGGGCCAGACUUGCUUCAUCUGCACGCAGGCCCUCCACUGGAAAACGAAGGAGGGCCUCGUACGCGGGUGCGCGUGCCGCGGGACGGCGGGCCUCGCGCAUGUUUCGUGCUUGGCGGAGCAGGCGAAGAUUUUGUACGCGGAGUCCGAGGAGAACAAUUUGACCUUUAAGGUGCAGAAUGAGAGGUGGAAACGGUGGUACUCGUGUAGCUUGUGCGAGCAAGAUUACCACGGCGUCGUGCGGUGCGCACUCGGGUGGGCGUGCUGGAAGACGUACGUUGGUCGGCCGGAGGCGGACUGGGCUCGGGGAGCCGCGAUGACGGAGCUGGGACUCGGUCUAUCCGCCGUAUACCAGCACGAGGAUGCGUUGUCCGUGGGAGAGGCCGAGUUGUCUACGCUGCGGCGCCUUGGCGGUACACCAGACAACAUUCUUUCCGUGAUGAGCAAUCUUGCGUGCACGUAUGAACUGAUUGGACGAAGUAACGAGGCCCUGUCCCUGCGAAAAGAUGUAUACUCUGGACGUUUGAAGCUCGACGGCGAGGAAGAUAUCCUCAACGCAGCCAACAACUACGCGACGUCCCUUGCUGCGCUAAAGCGCUUCGAAGAAGCCAAGUCGCUGAUGCGCAAAACGGUUCCCAAGGCGCGAGGCGUUCUCGGAGAGGCUCAUGAGAUCACGCUCGGCAUGAUGCAGAAUUAUGCGAUGGCGCUCUACAUGGACGAUGGCGCCACGCUCGACGAUCUCCGCGAAGCCGUGACGACGCUCGAAGAGACAGGACAGAUGAGGCGGCGCGUGUUUGGUGGCGCGCACCCGCUCACACAGAACCUUGAGCGCGGCCUGCGAAAGGCGCGAGCCGUGCUCCGCGCCCGCGAAGGAGACGACGUGAGCUCCGUCUGCGACGCGGUGGAAAAGAUGACGCCGGGCGACGCGUAGUAAAAACGACAAACAAAAACCCUAGUACAACACAAAACUUACC